AGGAUGCAGUGUAGACCUGUCCAUUGGCUGGCAGACAUCGGUUCUUUUCCGAAACGGCGACGCAUGAAACCGAGAGGAUAGACACGGUUAAAUCGUACCCAGUCGUGUCGGUUCAUCAUGAGGUUCGGUGAAUUUGCAUGAACGUUCCUUGGACCAAAAGUGAGAAAAUCUAAAAAAAAAGAAGAAAGAAACACGUGGAAUAAUGAGUUGAUACGGUGCUGGAAGAAGGAUCUUGGAUCGACUUUAUGAGCGCAACGUGUUUUCAUUCCUCGACGGUGGACUUGCCGGAUGCAUAAUCGACGUGGCUGUUGCUAUUUAUCCUCUCGUCCAAUGUUGUCGUGACGAUGUGGACGAUUCUACUCCUCGCGUUCUCAACAUGGUCUUCGUCAUGGGGUCAGGUGAUCAACAGAGCACCGCACUUCGUGCAAGGCGGAGACAUGGCCAGGUUGGCCGUGUCAGAGAGUACUCCACCCGGUGCACCCGUUUACACGCUCAAAGGAGAAGAUCCAGAGGGAUCUAGAUUGCAUUACUCCAUCAGUGGGGAGUACUUCACCGUGAACAGGGACAGCGGUGUCGUCGUUCUGAGAAAGGCGUUGGACAGGGAGACGCAAGACCUGAUCGAAGUGAUCAUCAGCAUAACGGACGAAGGUAUCGCUGGAUCUGAGCCCAACACGGUGUCCCUUCGUCGCGAGAUAGCUGUGUUGGAUGAAAACGAUAACCCGCCCGUGUACGUUGGCAGACCUUACGCAGCCAGGGUGCCAGAAAGUGCGCACGUAGGUGGCCUGUUAGUUCCUUCUGGCACGAUCAUAAUCACCGAUCGCGACGGUGGCGUAAACGCGGAUGUUCACGUGGAAUGUGUCCCUGGGUCGCGGGACGAUGAUGUCUGCGAGGUUUUCAAUGUUUCCACGGAAAAGUUGGCAGAGGGAAAAUAUGACGUGCAGAUUACCCUAAUGAAACCACUCGAUUACGAGAGAAGAAAUUCAUACUUGAUCAAUCUCCUGGCGGUUGAUGGUGCUAACGACGUGACGAAGAGAUUGCAAGCCAGAGCAACCGUGGCCGUGGACGUUCUCGAUGUCCAGGAUCAGCCACCCGUAUUCCUGAACGCUCCGUAUAGCGCCGCGCUUCCAGAAAACACAGCGGUUGGUCACACGAUCCUGACAGUGAGGGCACGCGACGGCGACACAGGGGAGCCUAGAGCCCUGCUGCUGACCCUGAAAGACGACGACUCAGGGCACUUCAACCUGGAGGUGUCACGCGAAGGAGACGUGACCGUUGGCAAAAUUGUCACCACCAACGCGUCCCUAGACAGAGAAGACCCCAGGAUCCUGCAGAACGGCGGAAUUUACACGUUCCAAGUGAAAGCCACGGAGCUCAUCAACAACGAGAUACCUGCUGACACGGCGACCUCAAUCGUCACCAUCGUUGUCACGGAUGUCGAUGACCUGGCGCCUGUUUUCAACGAGAAGUAUUUCAGCAUUAAGAUUUCGGAGGACAUUGGACGGGACACGCCUUUGCCAGGACUCAACAUGAUUGUGAGCGACGGCGACGUAGGCGAGAACGCGAAGUAUAAUCUGGCCUUGAGAGACGUGCCAGAAUAUCCUGAAAUCAGCAAAGCGUUUACCGUCAAUCCCGAAGAAGCUCAAGGUCGAGUGCCAGUUGUGGUUAAGGCCAGGAACGUAAGCGUGCUGGACUACGACGUGGACGAUCCAGCGAUGAGGCAGUUUGACUUCGAAGUCGUUGCCAUCGUUGCGAAAGAAGUGGUAGCUACAAGCAAGGUUCACAUUGAACUGAUGGAUGCAAACGACCAUAGUCCAGAGUUUUCUCAAGCGGUGUACAAGCUCUCGGUGCCAGAGGACGCUGAAGUAGGCACCUCUUUUGGCGACGUCUUCGCCAGAGACUACGAUAGCGGUUCCUUCGGCGAGCUGACCUAUACUCUGCGUGGCUUCGGGGCUGACAAGUUUAAAACCAAUCCCAAAACUGGAGGAAUCACCGUAACUAAGGCUCUGGAUUACGAAGCCCAGAAGUCGUACUCGUUGACGAUGGAGGCGAAGGAUGGCGGAGGAAAGGUGUCCGCCGUGAACAUUUUGAUAGAACUUGAAGACGUCAACGACAACGCUCCAACCUUCGAGCAGAACGAAUACACGAGGACGGUUCGCGAGGAAGCGACCAGCUUCGAUCCUCAGAUGUUCGUCAGAGCUACGGAUGUCGAUGGUCCCAUGCAGGGGAAUGGGAAAGUGACGUACUCCAUCAUCGCACACAACAGUAUGACGAACGGUGUUUUUAAGAUAAACUCAGAUACUGGGGAAAUAACAAUGGCGACGCCAGUGAGUUCAGGAGACACGGAAAGGGGCACCUACGAGCUGGUGAUCCGAGCUACGGACGCCGGCACGCCGCCAUUGUCCUCGGAGGCAAAACUCCUCGUCAGAGUGGGUGUGCCUGGAAACCAGAAGCCUAUUUUCCGCGGAAACCAUAAGUCCAAUUUACCAGGUCCCAGCAGUUAUCGAGCUAGACUGCUGGAGAACGCUUCCCCUGGGACGGAGGUCAUCAGGGUCGUGGCCAACGAUCCUGAUGGAAGGGACAACUUGUUGCAGUAUCACAUCGCUUCUGGGGCUAAGGACAAUUUUGUCAUAGACCCUAGCUCUGGUGUCAUCACAGUUUCUCCUGAUGCUCGUCUGGAUCUGGAGUCUGGUGGUGAUAAGUACGAGGUGAUAGUCUACGCUAUCGACUCUGGCACACCUGUCAAGGAAACAGCUACCACCACUGUCACAGUGAACAUGAUCGAUGUUAACAAUAAACCACCUGUGUUCAACGAAUCAACGUACCUAGUCUACGUAUCGGAGAGAGCUGCAAUUGGUGAACCUGUCCUGAAAGUAAUAGCAACCGAUCCAGACUGGGACGCCAACUUGGAGUACUCUCUGGUGGAACCCAUAAGAGCCGUCGAUAAGACUGGCGUUGCUUUCAAGAACGCGGCUCCCUACGACUACAAGUCAGCGUUUCGCAUAAACUCCACCACCGGAUUGAUAACAGUGAACCGCGUGUUGGAUUACCAAGUGGCUGCCGUGAUAAUCCUCACGGUCCAAGUGCAGGAUCUGAACGCUGUCGUUGAUAAAGAGAAGCAAAUCACGAAAGUCGAGGUGACGGUGUACAUCCAGGCCUACAGCGACGACAAUCCGACCUUCUCGAAUACUGGCUGGUCACCCAACAAUCCAACGAUCAGGAUCACAGUGCCCGAGGAGCAACCACUUGGAACAACCUUGCUGAUGUUAUCAGCCAAGGAGCCUGCUACAGGAUAUCUCGUUCAAAGAUUCGAGCUGGUGAGGGACGAUGACGACGAGGGAUACGUCAACGUUGGUGUGCAGAGUGGAAACGUUGUUUUGAGCAAGAGGCUGGAUUACGAAGCUCUCAAUCAAAAGUUCAUUCGUUUCAAAGUGCGAGCUCUAGCUUCAGACUACGAAAUAACUCGCAAGAUGUCUGAGGCGAACGUGAUCGUCGAAGUCCAAGACACCAACGACAAUAGUCCAACCUUCGCCCAGAAAGACUAUAAAAUUUCAGUGCUAGAGUCAGAGAAGCCUGCGAAGAUCGUGCUGAACGUGAAGGCUGUCGACAUGGACAGUUCCAACACAGAGCAGGAGGUCAAGAGAGGAUUCGGUGAAGUUAGGUAUUCCUUGACUGGUGAAAACGCCAAUUUGUUCGAGGUGGAACCGAUAACUGGCAAUAUUCAGAUUGCUCCAAACACGACACUCGACAGAGAGAAACAAUCAGUUCUACGCUUCUACGUCGUUGCGUCAGACAUGCCUCAGGGUGGCGCUGAGCAGAGGAGUACCAGAGCUCUGGUGACAGUCGACGUUCUAGAUGUCAACGACAAUGCCCCAACCUUCCAGCAGGAAUCCUACACGGCUGUGAUACCUGAGAACGCUACCCCAGGUGUCAGUGUGGUAAACAUCACUGCCACAGACCCCGACGAAGGCGACGGAGGGGUCAUUCACUUCGAAAUCAUCGACGAGGGUGAAGCAAACGGGUUAUUCAACAUAAACCACACAACGGGGGAGAUCUAUUCCGCCCGUGCACUGACAGGAAAGGGUAGAACGGAGCCGUACAUAAUGCGAAUUAGGGCCCAAGAUGGCGGCGAGCCAGAGCUGUACACGGACGUGAUUUUGACGCUGUACAUCGGCGACGUAGUCAGUAACGACGGCGUUCCUCUUUUUAUCAGGCCCACUCUCGAAGAGGUGGCCCACAUAGCCGAGAAUUCAACCAUUGGCAGCCCAGUGUUCCAAGUCGUGGCUUCAGACCCUGAUGACCCCAACCUACCAAACGGGAAGAUCACCUUCAAGUUCUUAGAAGAUGGGAACUUCGGGAAAGACGCAAGCGCGUUUAGGAUAAACAGCGAGACUGGCCUGAUCACCACGAGGAAGUUGCUGGAUAGAGAAGCAAAGGACAGCUACACGUUGAUAUUGGUAGCUCAGGAUCUAGGAAAUCCUCCUCAGCAGGCAACCAGAGUGCUUCAAGUCAUCGUAAACGACAUCGACGAUCACAAGCCUCACUUCAGGAGGACUUUGGACAGCCCUCCGAUAGAAUUAACCAUCGUAGAAGAGAAACCAGUGGGGACCAAGGUCGGUGUGAUCGAAGCGAUCGACGAGGACAUCGGCGAGAACGGUAUGAUCGACUACUCCAUCGUCUACGGGAACGAGGCUGGCUUGUUCGUCGUGGAACGGCUCGAGAACAACUCAGCCGUGAUAAAAUCAAACGGUCGUCUGGAUCGCGAAUCCAUAGAUCAUCACUUGCUCACCGUGAAGUGUUUCCCUUAUUCCUCCAAGAAGGCUGACGUCGUUCCCAAACCGUAUAACCGACAAGAUCCUUCGGAGAGGCAGAUUCUCAUCAAAGUUUUGGACAUCGACGACAACAAGCCCAAGUUCAAGAAAGAAAACGUCACUUUGGGUGUUCGAUUGAACGUCCCGAUAGAUACCAGUCUGAUAACUCUGGAGGCCACCGACGCAGACUCGGACGCUCUUCCUAUCAACUACAGCAUGGGUAAAGCAUCGUUCGCGUCUCUGGUCGAUCCCUCGAUGUCGAAACGCGAGAUUCCCUCGCACCUGGCCUUGAAUCCUCAGACUGGCGAGUUGAGAACCACUGGGUCCAUGUCAGGCUACGCUGACGGCUACAUGGAGAUCAUAGUGACUGCCAACAACUCCGUGAUACCCGGAAGAGAGACGAACAUCACCCUAAGGGUUUUCCUACUGCGAGACAGGGACAUGCUGAAGUUCGUAUUCUCCAAGCCACCCGUCGAAGUCAGGCAAACCUUGGAGGAUUUCGAGAAAGCUGUUCAGCAGGCUCUGUCGUUGCCUAUCAGCGUCAACGUCUACGACACGCAGUUUUAUUCGAAGGAGGACAACUCGCUGGAUUUCUCCUCGACCAGCUCGUGCUUCCAAAUGGUUGGCAAAGAGGCGUACGAUCUGGACGAAAUGAAGGCUCUUCUUAUCGACCAGAGGAACGAAGAGCUGAAGAAGGUUUACAGGAUGUAUCACGUCGAGAAGGUCCAGCACUGCGCGGCUACCGUCGCUCGUGCUGACGCUUCCAUGACGCAAAUGUGGGUGCUAGCUAUCGCGGUGCUUGUGGGAGUCGCUACCAUAGUUUGCAGCUGUACUCUUUGCUGUAUGCAUGCUAAGUACAAACGACAGGUGAAACACGCUCGUUUACGUGAUCAACCACGACCACCACUGAGCUACGUGUCUUCUGGCCCAGGAAUGGUGAGCGCCACGUCGCACACGACUCUGGGACCAGGGACUAUGGUCUCUCUAGGGCCUCACGAAGGUCCUUACGAAUGGGGAGCAGAUACGACCCUGUACCAUCCAAGUACUCUUGGAUCUAGGACGUAAAGGAAACGUAUCAGUUCAUUCGAGUAUUCGAAUCUACUAGAUAAUUACUUUGAUCUGGAAGAAGCUAGAAGGUUCAUCGUAGAAGUAUUAAGGAGCUUGAAGUCGUGCAAUGGCCAUCGAGACCGGUGACAUUUAUUGUUAGGAAAGUAAAAUUGUGGGACGUUUCAGUCGAGUAAUUAAUAAUGAACAAUUUUCAAUGGAUAGAGCAAAUGGCUGGAACGUCAUCGACGGACUGUAUUAUAAAUGUUCGAAGUGACACAUGCAGUGUCAUCGUGCAACAUAGUCGACGAAUGGUGCUAUAAUGUAAGAUUGAAAUGUUCGUGCCAAGAUACGGCAAGGUGAAAUGCAAAGGCAUUUUUUUUUUUUUUUAGAAUAAGUGGACUAACUCGCGUGAAUUGUAUAUUUCUUGGACUGUACACUAAUUCUACUCACAAACGCGUUAUCAUAGAUACGUGAUCAUAGAUAUAUGCGUGGUUCCAUUGUAAUAUACGUAGCAACUAAGGACGAAAUAAAUCUGUACAUUUGUUUAUAACGGA